CAUUCAACCCCCCGACUCGUUCAAGAAAACCCACUUCAAGCUAGUGUCCCAACUCUAAUUGAUAAAAAAAAGAUGGGAUUCAUUUCGCAGCCAAAAGUAAGAUACACAUUAUGGGAAAAGUAGCCUACUGGUUCAUAUAUCAUUGAAUAGACUCUGAAUGUGCGCGAGUUCAAUGCACUUGCAAGACUUCAAUUUCAGUUUCACUUUUGCAACCGAACCAGGAAACAAAAGCAGCAUAUACGAUCAUACGAACCUGUGAAGUUUAAGAUCAUGUAAACAAUCGAAGCAGGUGUAAUGAUAAGGGAUUAUGGAAAACCGAAAUGAUGAAAAUGCAGUAAACCACUCGACCACUCUGACAAAUAAACAGCGGGGGAAUGAGGUCACAGUCCGACCCGCCACUUUAGACAACCUCUCAAUUCAUCAGCUGGCAGCCCAUGGAGAGAUUUCACAACUGGAAUUACAUUUGUCCAAAGACAGUUCUCUACUUAACAGUCAAGAUGAGCGAGGUUUCACACCACUAAUGUGGGCUGCUGCAUUUGGAGAGAUAAUGAUGGUGGAGUUCCUCCUUCAGAAGGGAGCAGAUCCGAGAACACUCGCCAGAGAAAGAGAAAGUGCCUUGUCUUUGGCCAGCGCUGGAGGAUUUGCCGAUAUUGUUAAUAUUCUCCUUCAACAUGGUGUUGAUAUUGAUUCCUAUGACUGGAAUGGUGGGACCCCUCUUCUGUAUGCAGUUCGUGGGAAUCACACAAAAUGUGUUGAAGCUCUCUUAAGAUGUGGGGCAGAUAUCACGUUUGAGGCAGACUCUGGCUACAGUCCUGUUGCUCUCGCUGUUGCAUUGGGCCACAAAAAAGUGCAAAAACUGCUUGAAGAUCAUAUUUUGAAGCUCUUCCGGGAACCAGUUUCAGUGUCUGAAAACACAUGAAGCAGAAUACUGCUCUUACAAGACCUUACAAUAAUAAUCCUGCAUAUUUUAUAGCUUUAUUUUGACAUAGGAGAUGUAAAGAACAAUCUGUUUUGUAUUUUUUUUUUUUUAAUUAAAAAACAUUUUUACAAA